AAACACGAGUUCUUUGUGGACAUGACCUGUGAAGGCUGCUCCAAUGCGGUCACCCGUGUCCUGCACAGGCUGGGAGGUGUCCAGUUUGAUAUUGACCUGCCCAACAAGAAGGUGUGCAUUGAUUCAGAGCACAACGUUGACACCCUAUUGGAAACCCUGAAGAAGACUGGAAAGAACGCGUCCUACCUUGGGGAGAAGUCCGCAUAGUAGCCUUGCCUGGUGAGGAGGCUAGGAACUCAAACAUGACUUCAGCAAAAAGAUGGCUUAACUGUUUGCGUAUCUCCCAACUUGCUCUGUCAUUUCACCUUUACUACCUUGCAGGAUGUCAGAAAGCAGAGGGCUGGCAGGAGGACAGCUGCGUCUUGGGCUUCAAAAGUGGAGAAAUCUAGAGGAGGAUGUUACAUGCUGUUUCUAGUCCCAUAGUAAAUCGAGACACUGCUUCUAUC